UUUACCUCUAACACUGAAGCAAACUUAAUUUGCUGUUAACAUGGACUAAACACGGCUUAUGACACACUGCAUAGGCCGCUUGGACCAAUGCUUACAGUCAGGUGCACUUUGGGAACGUCUGUAAGGUAUUUGGCCUCUCUGUCAGCCUGGAGACAGCAGAUCAAACUACAUAACAGGAUGUUGACUUCACGUCGCCCAGUGGCUGCUGUGUGUCAGGUGACAGCCACCCCAGACAAAGAGGCCAACUUGUCUGCUUGUAAGCAGCUAGUGGAGGAGGCCAAGGAGCGAGGGGCCAGUAUGGUCUUCCUGCCUGAGGGCUUUGACUACAUUGGAUCCAGUCGAGAGGAGACGCUGUCGCUGUCUGAGAGCCUGACAGGACACACAAUCUCACAGUAUACUGACCUGGCAAGGAAGUUGAAAGUGUGGCUGUCUCUUGGGGGAUUUCAUGAACGAGGCCACGACUGGGAGACUGACAGACGAAUCUACAACAGUCACAUCAUAAUUAAUGAUAAAGGUGACAUCACAUCAGUCUACAGGAAGUGCCAUUUGUUUGACGUGGAAUUGCCAGAAAAAGGCGUUUCCCUGAAAGAAACUGCCUUCACCAUCCCUGGACCCUCCCUCGUGUCUCCGGUCCAAACUCCCAUCGGCAAGGUCGGUUUGGGCAUCUGCUACGAUCUGCGAUUCCCUGAGCUGUCGCUGGCUCUGCAAAGGAACGAGGCCGAGAUUCUGACAUACCCGUCAGCCUUCACUGUACCAACAGGGGCUGCUCAUUGGGAGGUGUUACUCCGCGCACGGGCAAUCGAGACCCAGUGUUUCGUCCUGGCGGCGGCGCAGGUUGGCCGUCACCACGAGAAGCGCUCGUCGUAUGGCCACGCUCUGGUGGUGGAUCCCUGGGGUGAGGUGCUGGGCGACUGCGGAGGGGAGGAGCCAGGCAUGGUGCUGGUGGAGAUCAACCUGGAGAAGGUCCGCAGCACCAGGAGGAACAUGCCAGUCCAACAGCACCGCAGAGACACUGGUUUCUAUAACAGUCUGGAGAAGACUUGACUACAAGAGAAGUUCAAAGUCUGUCUCAAUGAAAGGACAGUCUGAGUACUGGCAACAAACUGAACAGGAUGUAUCUGACAGGAGACAAGCUGGUGAGGUGUUGCAUUUAUGAAGGUGGAUUUAGGGCAAGUUCAUACUUCAAGAACUUAAUUUUUGUUUCAGGUUGUUUAGAUUUCUGUCAUGCUGCAUAAUGAGCACUUCAAGUGAUUUGGUUAAUGAGAGCUCAAAAGAGAAAUUUCAGCUUGUUUAAUGAUAAACAGCCGGCUGACAUUACAAUCCAGAUUCAAAAAGAAAAAUGGUUACACUGCGUAAUGUUUUACACAGCAUCACAACGUUUUUGGAAUCAGGGUUGUAGUUUACUGUGUCACGAAAGAGGUGCACUUUCUUGUCAAGUGAAAUGUUUCAUGAAUAAGUAUCAGGGAAGUGUGAACAUGGAGUAGUUCUGUUGUCUAUUCUGAUUAAGAAUAUCAGAACCAAUGAAUCUUAGAAUGAUUUUACUUGUGCUGGUCAACAGGUGGUACUGUUGGUUAGCAAGAAUGCAAGAAACUCACACUAAAACUCUACUUAAAUUAUUGAUCUUACUGGAUAAAAAAUGAAUCUGUAUUUUUUUCUGUGCUCAGACACUGUUGUGGUGUAAGAUCAUAAACUAAAUCAUCU